UUUAAUCAGUUAAUUAUGGUAGCAAUUCUUUUUGUGCCAACGACAUCCAAACCAGUGCCUAAAAUGAAAUGGUGAUUGCUGGAGCCUCAGCGCAAAGACGGUACACAACACAGAACAGCAAUGAAUUCCAGGCACAGAUGACGUAUUAAGCGAGAGAAAAACCAAUGUCUUGAUACUCCGGUGCUGUCAAUUCACUGAAACAUAUUUUUGAUGGGGGGCCUCUGUCACAGGAUCAUCAAAUGCAAACGCAUAAAAAGAGAGCGUGCUCUUGACAUCCAUGUCCAAAUCUCCUUCCUUCUUUCCUUCAGACCAAAAAACUUUUACUUCCAAUCUCUGCUUAUAUAUAACAAUGACCACUGGAAACUCAUCCAUGCAAAGCUCCACUACAACUAGUGGUGGUAGUGGUGGCAAGACCAGCAGCACGUUCAAGAAGAUCAAGACCGAUUCCGGCAAGGCCGGUUUGCAAUUCCCUGUGGGUCGUCUCCGACGCUAUCUCAAAAAAGGACGUUAUACUGACCGAGUCAGCGGUACUGCACCCAUCUACCUGGCCGGCGUCCUCGAGUACCUGACUGCGGAAAUCGUCGAGUUAGCCGGUAAUGCUGCGCGCGAUAACAAGCGGCAACGAAUCACUCCACGUCAUCUCAAGUUGGCCAUUGGAAACGAUGCCGAGUUUAGCAAGCUGCUUAGCCAUGUCAUUAUCGCAGAAGGUGGUGUCUUGCCCAAGAUCCACAACGAAUUGCUUCCUGAAAAGUCGCGCAAGAAGGAUGCUGUGUCUCUGGAGAUUUGAUCACACAUGGAGGAGACUGACUGUCUUACUUGCUAACGCGCACUUUAGUAGCACAUUUACUCUUUUUUUUUGCACACGCCGCAUUAUCUACUCCUUUUCGCUUCUCUGUAUUUGCACACUUACACAUCGAUCGUUCUUUGACUACUACGUCAUUGCUUCUUUGACGUCCUACACUUCUCCUCGUUUGUUCAGCUACCUGUUAAAAGCUGUUCCCCUCUUAUACCAGACUUAAAUCCUCCUGAAGUAUGCAUGUAUGAAAAAAGCUUUUGAAACGCAUCAAAAUGAAUAAUAAAAAGAAAAGUGACA